UCUUCUCAUCUCUUGUUGCACGCUAAUCGAGGCAUAUACUCUCCGGUGCAAAUGUGCUGUUGAGCCUCUCCGGUGAGGAACAGUCCGGUGACCGGCGAGGUGGAGCUCGUCGCCGCGGCCGCGGUGGCGCCAUUCGUUUCUUCUACGUGGUUUGGUAGCAAAUAGGAGUUCCGGGGGUGAAGGAGAUGGCGGUGGUCUCCCGUCGUCAGGGCAACGCUGCGGCGGAGAAGGCCCGGGGAGCGGAGGCGGUGAUUGUGGUGGCCGUGCGGGCCGCAGCGAGGGAGAUCUCCAAGGCGGCCGUCGUGUGGGCGCUCACCCACGUCGUGCAGCACGGCGACACCAUCUUGCUCCUCGCCGUCAUGCCGCCGCACAACUCUGGCAAGAAGUUCUGGGGCUUCCCGCUGUUUGCAGGGGGUUGUGCCAGCGGCCACAGGAGUGUUUUGACUCAGAAUUCGGAUGUCGCUGAUUUGUGUAAUCAGUUGAUGUUAAAACUUCGUAAUUUUUAUGACCCAAACAAGAUAAUUACAAAAAUUAAGGUUAUCCCUGCAUCUCCUGGUGGCGUGGCUACUGAAUCAAAGCGUGCACAGGCGAGCUGGGUUGUGCUAGACAAGGAGUUGAAGCAUGAGGAGAAACGUUGCAUGGAAGAACUUCAAUGCAAUAUUGUUGCCAUGAAGCGAUCCCGGCCCAAAGUUCUUCGGCUGAAUCUGGUGAGGUCUCCUGAGAAAGAACCAAAAUCACCUCUCCCGCCACUUCCUGAACUGAGUGCUUCAGUUGGCAUAACUGAAAGCAGUGUAAAAGAAGAGCGAGGUUCUAUUCGAGAGCCGGCUGUGACACCGAGUAGCAGUCCAGAGUCAGAAACAGCUUUUGGUAGCACCGAUGUUGGAACGUCCUCCAUCUCGAGCUCAGACCCGUGCACAUCUCCUUAUUCUGCUUCAGAAACGAAUAGCACAUUCAAGAAAGAGGCAGCCAAGGAUAACUUCCAGCACUCUGAUGUAAAUAUAUCUGAUUCUGAGAGUGAAGCUUCAACUCCUCCAGCAGCCUCAUCCAUUCAGCCAUGGAUGGCUGACAUUUUAAAAGGAUCUGCAUCCUCUAGAUUAGCAGGAAACCGUCCUAGAAGAACCCGUGCUCCUACAGCAGAUGCUUUGCUCGAGAAGAUCUCGAAGCUAGAUCUCUUGGCUGAGAUUAGUGCAAUCAGAAGCAGAUCUGACUUAAACUUUAGAGGAAAUGUUAGAGAUGUUGUCUCACUGUCAAGGAGUGCACCACCUGGACCACCGCCAUUAUGUUCAAUUUGUCAGCACAAGACACCUGUAUUUGGAAAACCUCCACGGUGGUUCAGCUACGCAGAACUGGAACUUGCGACUGGUGGCUUCUCCCAAGCAAAUUUCUUGGCUGAAGGUGGGUUUGGGUCUGUUCACAGAGGUGUCCUGCCGGAUGGUCAAGCAAUUGCUGUUAAGCAAUACAAACUUGCUAGCUCCCAAGGCGACGUUGAGUUUUGCUCAGAGGUGGAAGUUCUAAGUUGUGCACAGCAUCGGAAUGUUGUAAUGCUAAUUGGUUUCUGUGUUGAAGACAAGAGGCGUUUGCUAGUUUAUGAGUACAUUUGCAAUGGAUCACUGGAUUCCCAUCUCUAUGGUCGUAACAAAGAGACAUUAGAGUGGGCUGCAAGACAAAAGAUUGCAGUAGGGGCUGCGAGAGGGCUGCGCUAUCUGCAUGAAGAAUGUAGGGUUGGUUGCAUAAUCCAUCGUGAUAUGAGACCAAACAACAUCCUUGUCACACAUGAUUUUGAACCACUGGUCGGAGAUUUUGGCCUGGCUAGAUGGCAACCUGAUGGAGACAUGGGUGUUGAAACAAGAGUAAUUGGCACAUUUGGUUAUCUGGCACCUGAAUAUGCACAGAGUGGGCAAAUAACUGAGAAGGCCGAUGUGUACUCAUUUGGGGUUGUUUUAGUGGAACUUGUCACCGGACGCAAGGCUGUUGAUAUUAACAGGCCAAAGGGCCAGCAGUUCCUCACUGAAUGGGCACGACCUUUAUUGGAAGAGUAUGCCAUCGACGGUCUGAUCGACCCACGGCUCGGGGACCAGUUCAGUGAAAAUGAGGUCUUGUGCAUGCUGCAUGCAGCAAACCUGUGCAUACGGCGUGACCCUCAUUCAAGGCCGCGCAUGUCCCAUGUUCUACGCAUACUGGAGGGCGACAUGGUGGUGGAAUCCGGCUGCGUUUCCGCUCCAGGCAGUGAAGCUGGGAGCAGAAGCCGGCGAAUGCUUCUUCAAGAACAGACCAGCAGCAGCCCGGCGGCUGAGCAAGAUUCGCAGUCACAGCGCGUGGUUGAUGGAAAACAACACUCCUAUGUAGCUAGGAGAAUUGCCUGGGAUAGAGACACGCAGAGCUUGUCUCACAGAUGAUUCUAGAAUCGCUCUCUAUUUGCAGUACUAGUAACAUGGAACGAGUACUCUACUCACCGUCAGUCUGUACUGGUGCAAUGCUUUUCUGCUCUGAUCAAGGCCUCCUACAGUGUGUGUACAGUAGUACCAGUAAUACAGUAGACUAGGGUUACAUUAUCUUGAGCUCUACUCCAAUCGGCUUGUAAGAGCCUGUUUUGUGUGUGAUUGAUCUGAGGAAAGCAUGCAUGGUGUUUAGUACUGUAAUUGUUUGAGAAGCUUGUUUGGGCAUCUCAUUUCUUGGAAACAGACAGGCACAUCAAGAUAAGGAGAUUCAUCUCGCUUUUUUUUACUAGUGCAACUACAAAGACAGGAUUGAGUUACUAUUGCUGGUUCCACGGGUAGGAUACUAGGAUGCUGAUGUUCUUGUCAAGAUGCAACCAGUAGAGAGCAUAUUUGAGGCCCAGCAAGGACAGCUUCUUUCAGGCUUGAGAUUGAUCCUCCAAUACGCUGAGGG